GUGUUAUGUUUUGAUUUAGUUUAGGCGUCUGCUGUGCGAAACGUAAUUUUUCGUGUUCCUGAUUAUUGGAAAAACAAAAAAUGAGUAAACCGCAAGUAGCUGGCGCUGCAGAAAUAUUGCGUAGUUCACAAAAAGACGCUGAGUAUAUAAGUUAUAUGAGAUAUUUAAUUUCAGAUAUUAUACAGAAAUCCUUAGGCAUUCCCAUUUGGAUGAAGUGGAAAGACUUCAGUUCAUUGUUUUCUGACCUGUUAUUUUUUAGCCUUACGACAUUAUCAGGUUUUCAAACACUUGGGGAAGAGUAUGCCAACAUUAUUCAAGUUGAUGCAAGUCUGAAAUCAAUUCCAUCAAGACUGAGAAGAACAGCAGAUGUAAGUUUGCAGGUAUUUGGAUCUUAUUUCUUACUGCGUUUUCAAAAAUGGCUGGAAAAUGAAAUUUCUUCAUUACCUACAGGAACUUCCAAAUCAAGUAAUGAUUCAUUUGAAGAGAAUCUCUUAGCCUUCAUACCUACUAUCUUCAAGAUUAUCUCAGUUAUCCAAAGAAUUCACCUCAUUGCAUUUUAUUUUUCUGGUGCCUAUUACACAUUUUCAAAGAGAUUAACAUGCAUAAGAUAUGUUGUCAUAAGACGUUGGUUGGCUCAUCCUGCUUAUCAAAAACCAUAUCGAAUAUUGGGCUGGAUAGCUGCAAGUCAGCUCUGCUUGAGUUUGAUUAUGACAAUGUAUUCAACUAGUAUGAAAGAUCCCCUAAAACAUAGUAAAUUAGAGAAAGUUAAAGAUAGUACAAGUACUUCUGACCCUGUACCUGCAAAAAGUUUGUGUUCUUUAUGUCUAGAGAAAAGAAAUCGUAGCACAGCAACACCAUGUGGUCAUUUAUUUUGUUGGUCAUGCAUAACAUCCUGGAUGCAAAACAAGGAAGAAUGUCCUUUAUGCAGGGAAAUAUUUACACCUUCAACACUAUUGUGCCUUCAGAAUUACUAUUAGUUUUCUGGUCAUUUUGUACUGUAUUGGUUGUUUGAUUAUAUUUUUAUAUGACUGAAUGUUUGUUACCUAUGGCUCAUUAAUGGUUUAUAUUUUUAUAUUAAUUUGAGGACAGCAAGGAAAAGAAUGAGGGUAAAUAAAGUAUAUAAGUAUGGA